AUUGAAACUCAUAUAUCUACUUGUGGGAAGCGAUGCCUAUCUUCCAGGACGCAAACGGCCUGGCUGUCAAGUUUUUCGUACAGAAAGACAUUAGUCAAGAAAUUCAGGCAGAGUUGUGUGAAACCAUCACUUCCCUUGGUGGGCGAGUUGAACCGAAGGUCCCUAGACAAGGAUAUAUUCUUGUUCAACCUGGCACUGCCGAAGCGGAACGUCUCCGACUGUGUUGGGCUAGCCCAGAUCGCCCCGAGCGUUACUUCGUGCCCUACACUUAUGUAGAAGCUUGUAAGAUCGCCGGGAUGCUGCUGAAGCAGAUAUUUGUCGACAGUGGAGCACCUAUCAAAAUGCAUAUACACCACAGCAUCGCGAAUGUUAACGCUCGUGCGGCUCUGAGUCAACGGAUCAUGCACUCCGGUGGUGAUCCUACUGCGUCUCCACAGUCUGCUCGGGUAAUCCUUGCCGACCCUAACACCGAAGUAUUCCAACAUUUGGUCAAGUCUUACCAAGGUGUUCCGGACAAGUACAUCGAAUCAUACCUCUGGGUCAAGAAGUGUGUAGAGAAGGGUGCAUUACUGUACACGCCACUGGUUUACAAAAACCCUGGUGGUCGUCGCCCAGGAGAAGAACGCACGUCGUUUACGGAGGAGGACGAGGAGCGCCUUUGCCAGUGGAUAGCGACCAAAAUUCCUUACAAGGAAACUGGGGGCAGAACCGGGAACAGAUUGUACCAGCAACUUUGCGAGAUGACUGUAGACCCUGAGUAUGCAUGGGUGACUCGCCACACUUGGCAAUCCUGGCGCGAACGGUACAAGAAGAACUCAGUUCGCUUAGAUAACUUAAUUGCGGCUAUCGUGGAACAGAAGAAGCCUGUCCAUGGUGAAAAGGGACAGUAUGGCUAUGUUCGGAAAGCAGAGGAGAGGACCAGACGCGCAAGGAAAAGGCGCGGAAAGUCUGCAGAGGAAACUUUCCAAACGGAGAAACUUAUUGGCGACAUCGGGAAUAUGCCGGGCACACCCCCAAUCAUCAUAUUUCCUUCCGUGCCGACGCAACAACUUCCGGCUGGAUCGCAACCUUCGACAUCCACAAUACCUAGAGUAAGUCCAGACGAGGAAGAGAUGGAAGAUGGUGAAGACAUUGAAGAAUGGCAGAUUCGGAUUGGGAACGAACCCUUGCCUGCCUGGGGGAAGCGCAAUGCCGAUACCCUGGACAGCGAAGAGUUUCCCAAUGCGAAAAGAGCUAGGUCGAUCAAUUACCCAACCUCCAUCUUGGGCGAUGAACCACAUCCACCUCCCCUACCACAAACGAGCAGCGACGCAGUGGCACACGUCAACUUACAUAUCAUUGACCAAGCAAUAUGUGACAUUGCGCACGAAUAUAGAUUUACUGUUGAAGAAGUGAAAGAGUUCUACGACAAAUGUGGCGAAAUGGAACGUACGCGGGCUCGGUUCCGUAAAAUGCGAGAGCUACUGUCGACUAUCUCUGAAGGCCUAGGUGACGAGGGUAAUGUAUCGUAGUGAUAAAGUGAUCCGUACAAACUUAUAACCCGAGUCUUGAAUAAGUUUCCGAGCUGUCCCUGACAAGCGUCACGGCAGCUCAGUUUCUGCAAAUAUCCUAUCUGCCGCCCUAAGAGGUGCUGAGGGGCUAUCAAACGGUUUCUUUCGU